AGCGCGGCGGAUGUGGGUAGCAUCUCAACACACAUAGUGAGAGCUGGCGCACCAAGGGUGCAGCUCAAUCUGAAAGGCCCAUUGAGCCUAAAACUAUGAACCCCGAGGAGCAGGCUGUUACGUGGCUAAUAACAUUAGGCGUGCUUAAUUCACCCAAAAAGAAUAUCGCUGAUCCGGAGGAAUUUCUGAAAACGUCUCUAAGAGAUGGGGUCGUCCUGUGUAAGCUUAUGGAGCGAGUGCUACCUGGAGCCAUCUUAAAGUAUUCGGCUGAACCCAGAUGCGAAGCAGACUGCAUUGCAAACAUUCGAGAGUUUCUAAAAGGAUGCCAGUCUCUAAAGGUUGAGGGCUUUGAUCCAGAAAGCUUAUAUACCGGGGAGAACUUCAGCAAGGUUCUGUCGACGCUCUCAGCAAUAAACAUCGCCACUCAAGAGACCCCUAAUAGAUCAUGUCCACAGCCCAGUGCCUCUGCUCCUAGCCUGUCAGCCCCUUCUCAAGCUGUUCCCAACUUAAAGUACAGCAGGUCUCUACGGAGACAGUCCAAAGCUGUGGAAAUGUCUGAGAAUGGAGGUGGCGGGCAGCUGGUGGUCAAGGCACGCUUUAAUUUCAAGCAGAACAAUGAGGACGAGCUGUCUUUCAGCAAGGGCGAGCUGAUCCAUGUCACACGCCAGGAGGAAGGUGGAUGGUGGGAGGGAACCCUUAAUGGCAAAACCGGCUGGUUCCCUAGCAAUUACGUCCGAGAGGUCAAGCCAUGUGAAAAACCGAUUUCUCCCAAAGCGGUAAAAGGUCUCGACGUUCCUCAGUUGACUAAAAAUUAUUACAGUGUGGUGGUGCAAGACAUCUUGGAGAAUGAGAGAGAGUUUAUCAAGGAACUGCAGACGGUACUGGGCUGCUAUCUGCGCCCUCUACAGGCCAGCGACAAGCUGUCUAGCUCGGACUGCUCCAGUCUGAAUGGGAAUUUAGAGGACAUCCUCUCUUUCCAGCAAGGACUGUGUCUUGCUUUAGAGGAGUGCUCCAAGAUAUCAGAGGGCCAGCAGCGGAUCGGCGGCUGUUACCUGAACCUGAUGUGUCAGAUCAGAACACUGUACUUGUCCUACUGCUCCAGCCAUCCUUCUGCAGUCUGUGUGCUGACUGAUCACAGUGAGGAGCUGGACAAGUUUAUGGAGAGUCAGGGCGCCAGCUCUCCUGGUAUCCUGACCCUCACCACCAGCCUGAGCAGACCCUUCAUGAGGCUCGACAAAUACCCCACACUCCUGCAGGAGCUUGAGAGACAUGUGGAGGAAGCGCAUCCAGAUUACAACGACAUUCUCAAAGCAACUGUUGCUUUUAAAAAUCUUGUGACUCAGUGUCAAGAUCUGCGCAAAAGAAAGAACUUGGAGUUGCAGAUCUUGUCGGAGCCGGUGCGGGCCUGGGAGGGUGACAGCAUGAAGUUACUGGGUCAGGUGGUCUACAUGUCACAGGUCCACAUCCAGAGCAGCUCAAAUGAGGAAAAGGAAGAGCGAUACUUCAUGCUGUUUCCCAAUGUGGUAGUCAUGCUGUCUGCCAGCCCAAGAAUGAGUGGUUUCAUUUACCAGGGACGUCUUCCACUGACUGGAACCACUGUAACCAAACAGCCAGAGGAUGCAGAGACGGGCCAUUAUGCGUUUGAGCUCACAGGUGGGACAAUAGACCGCACCAUGGUGUUCUGCAGUAGUGCACAGGAGCUGCUGGAGUGGUUGGAAAAUCUUCACCCUUACACCAAGCUAGGAAGUCCAGUCGGAACAAUAUUUAAGAGUGUUGAGGUAAAGCCUACACCUAUGGCUGGCACACCGUCCCACCACUUGCACGGUUUCGGUACUGCUGUGGCUAACCGAGGCCCUCUUGAACCCCCCAAGAUCACCAAGCCAUGGUCCUUGAGUUGUCUGAGACCAGCACCGCCCCUCAAGCCCUCCGCGGCGCUAGGAUAUAAAGAGAGGAUGUCUUAUAUCCUGAAGGACUCUAGUAAAAGCCCCAGACCCAGACCCAAGUUCCUCCCAAAGAGAAAAACGGAGAGAAAACCAUCAGAUGAUGAGUUCCUGCUCAGAAAAAGCACUGCGGCUCUGGAGGAGGAUGCACAGAUACUCAAAGUGAUUGAGGCCUACUGCACCGGAGCCAGUCUCCACCAGUCCACCACGGCUGUUCGUAAGGAGUGCAUCCCCCAGGUUCUGCUUCCAGAGGAAGAGAAGAUUAUUGUUGAGGAGAUCAAGAGCAAUGGCCAGACGAUCAUUGAGGAAAAAAGCCUUGUCGAUGCUGUUUAUGCUCUAAAAGAUGAAGUCCAUGAAUUAAAAAAGGAGAAUAAAUGGAUGAAGCAAUGUCUGGAAGAGGAACAGAAGUCCCGCAAGGAGCUAGAGCGUAUAGUCAGAAAGUUGGCCAAGCAAAAGAAUGACUGUUCCUGGGAUGAAGGAGGUCACUAAAAACACUCUGGACACUCGCCUGUUUCCCUUUGCCAGCCGCAUGUAUGUGUUUCUGUGUCUGUGUGUCCUCACAAAUGUGUUUUUAAGUGGUUUUUUUUUUUUUCCCCAUCACAUUACACACUGAACGUUGCUUUUGGAAAGUCACCGUGCUGGGGAUUUUCAGCCAUUUCUCUUCAAAUGUUUUUUAAGGACAUGAUGCGAUAAGAAGAUCAAAUCUGUGAUUAGCGAUUAUUUAUCUUGCCAUGCUGAAGAAUAUCACUGUGCGGUUAACUUUCACGCUCCUGUGACGUGACGUUCUGAGAACAAACCGGCAACUGUUCUAGAAGACCAAGUGAACUGCUUCUUAAGUGUUUCGCGAUUCGUGAUCCUGUCCAUUUUUCGUUCCGGGUUCACUCCACUCCAACGAGAAUCGCCACAGAAAAGAUGGUGGAAUCUGUUGCGUUUGAACUGAACAAAUAUCUGCCUCACUUUAUGACUGUUACUGGUUAUGGACAAAAGUAGAAAUCCGAUGACAUUCAGCCCAUGAACCGCAUUCCGCUGUCGCACAAGUGAAAAUAUUCUGUUUAUGGCGUAAGAGAAGAUGCUUGUGGCUGAACAUUGCAGGAUUCCACUAUAUCCACAAGUAUUGCUCUUUUUAGACCUGUUUCUGCUUUUAUAAUGUGAAAACGCUUGCUUUUAGGUCACAAAUGAACAAAAUUUAGAUUUGUGGUUUGCACCUGAUUGACAUGAGAUGCCCUACUUGCCAUCUUGAAAUGAGUUUGGUUUUUCCUUUUAGUUCGAAGGCUUUGAAUGAAAUGCCUGUAAUGCGUCAUUGGACCGUAGGUUUAGAUUCAGUUUAUUCCAAAUAUGUGUUACCCUGACAGUCACUCACAUCAGCAAUGGGUACACAGUAUUUCUAAAACAGCCAUUAUAAUACUACAUAAUCAUGCUUCUGAUAAUCAUCGCUAGUUUAAAGCUAUCAGGGAUAUAGUUGUCAGAAUUAGGUUUAUAAUACUAUACUAAUACUAUACAUUAUAUAAAUGUAUGUAUAUCGUAUAUACAGUAUAAAUAUGUGUAUAUAUAUGGCAAAAGGAACCUUUUUUAAUAACAAAAAUACAGUAGGAAACUUCAUUCUCUUUUUUUCAGAGGCUUGAAACAAUGUAUCUUAAACCAAAAAAAUCCAGUAUGUUUACAGGUUUGGUACUAAAAGUCCUUUUAGGGCUCGAAAACCAAGUGUACAUGGAAACAUACGGUACUUUAGGCACUGAUGUUUGUUUCUCACUUACCAUAUAUUUGAGGCGCAGAUUAGAGUGACAAACAAAUGUGUUUAAAACCUAAUAUUUAAUUUUUUUUUUUCGAACUCCCCAUCAGCAAUAUAUGGAAGCCCGUUUCCGCAACUAAAUAAAAAAAAUAGGUUAUUGCUGCUUUUCCUCUCACAGUUCUCCCAUUUUUUUUCUCAGAAUUGCAUGAUACAAACUCACAAUUCUGAGUUUUCUUUUCUUCUAUUUUCUCAGAAUUGUGAGAUAUGAACUAGGAAAAAAAAAGACUGUUAUGUUUUCAGAAUUGUAA